AUGCUGCGGGGUAAUACAGGCCAUACCGCGAAUGUCAGGUGGUUCUUAUAUGUUGCAGGCGGCUCUGCUGCGCUGUUGGAUGACGCAUACUUAGGCCACCACUCGGACCCAACACAUCCGCCCAGCGUCGUUGCCUGGUCAGUCAAGGCCACGCCAUCUGGUUCCGUCUUGAUAUGCUCCACGUUUUUCGUCCAUGAUAAACCAAGGAGCAAGGAUGUGUUGCAUGGAGUAUGCGGUACAAACCUGCGUAAACAACGGUGGUAG